AUGGGCCGCGCGUCCAAGUCGGCCAAGCCGACGUCGCCCCGGCAGUUCUCCAUCUCGAGCUUCCUCCCCAAGCUCGCGCCGACCGCGUCCACCUCGUCCAGCACCUCUUUGACCAAGCGCCCGGCCAAGCACGAGGACGGCGAGGGCGUCCUGAGCGAUGACGACGCCCCCUCGUCUCGCGACCAGUUCAAGGUGCCGCCUGUCCCCGCCAAGCGCGCCAGCAAGGCCAAGGGCAAGCAGGUUGCCGUCCUGGACCUCACCGAGGACGACGAGGACGUCGUCGAGGCGCCGUCGUCAAGCCCUCCUCCACCUGCGCCCAAGAAGAAGCCGACGACGACCAAGAAGACGACCGACAAGAAGGGCAAAGGCAAGGCGGCCGUCAAGGACGACGACGAGGACGACCACGACGACGACGACCUCGCCGAGCAAGACGACCCGGACGCCAUGUGGGUCGACCGCUUUGCGCCGCGCAACCGCGACGACCUCGCCCUCCACGCGCGCAAGUUGACCGACCUCGAGUCGUGGCUCGUCGAGGCGUUCGCGCUCGAGGGCCGCCCCAAGCACCUCGCCAAGUACCGCCGCGUGCUCGUCCUGUCGGGCCCGGCGGGCGCGGGCAAGACGGCGGCGCUGCGGACGCUCGCGCGCGAGAUGGGCGUCGAGUUGGUCGAGUGGAGGGAGGGCACGAGCGUUCAGUUGGCCGAUGAGCACCGCGAGUCGCUCAUGCACCGCUUUGCGAGCUUCCUUUCGCGCGCCGGCAUGGCGCCCGCCCUCGACUUUGGGCCCGACCCGUCCGACCCUUCCACCUCGUCCUCGGCCUCGUCCUCCUCCGCCCCCACUACGUCGAGCGCGCGCACGAGCACCUCGUCCCGCCGCCUCCUCCUCAUCGAGGACCUCCCCAACGUGUCGCACUACCCGACCAAGCUCGCGCUGCGGUCCGCCCUCGCGCAGUACCUCUCGUCGCCGCGCGUCACGGCGCCCCUCGUGCUCAUCGUCAGCGAGGCGCUCGCGCGGCCGGGCGACGACGAGGCCGGCGGCGGCGGCGGAGGGUGGCUCAGCGGCAACGGGCGCAGGGGCGACAGCGUCGACGCGAGGGGCGUGUGCGGCGUCGAGGUGCUCGAGCAUCCGGCGUGCAGGGAGAUUGCGUUCAACCCCGUCGCGCCGACCAUCAUGCGCAAAGCGCUCGUCCGCACCCUCGACCGCAUCUACUCGACCUCGUCCGCCUCGUCGUCGUCGUCGUCGUCGUUGUCGACCGCGCUCGCCUCGCGCCCGACGCUCGCGACGCUCGACGUCCUCGUCGCCCACUCGGGCGGCGACAUGCGCUCGGCGCUCAUGAGCCUCCAGUUCCUGCUCACCGAGGGCGAGGGCCCUGGCGCGACGAGCAUUGGCGGUGGAGCGUCGGCGGCGGCGGGAGGGAAGGGCGGCAAGGGCAAGGGGAGGAAGAGGAAGAGGAAGGGCGAGAGCGACAGCGAGGAGGAGAGUGUGGGUGCGAGGGGCAAGGGCAAGGUCGGCAAGGAGGGCGUCAAGAAGCUGCUUCAGUUCGUCACGGCGCGCGAGUCGUCGCUCUUCAUCUUUCACGCGCUCGGCAAGGUCCUCUACAACAAGCGCUGGGGAGACUCGCCCGAUGACGACAAGAAGGACCGCGACCGGGUCGGCAUCGUGCAGGAGCGCGACGAGGCGAGUCGGCUGCCGAGGCACCUGCGCGACGAGUGGGACCGACGGCCGAGCAAGGUCGACCCGGAUGUCCUGUUCGCCGAGGCGCCUCUCGACGCCGACAUCUUCCUGUCGUACCUCCACCACAACUACCCGCCGUUCACCGACGAGAUCGACGAGUGCUCGGGCAUCGUCGACGCGCUCAGUGCGGCCGACGUCGUCAUGAGCGCGAGGGACGAGGGCGACGAGGCCUACCGCCACCGCCCGCUCACGUCCCUGUACGGCUUCCACCUCGGCGUGCGCACGACGCUCAUGGCGCUCCCCUCGCCCGUCACGCGCCGCAAGCAGGUCCUGCGCAAGUCGGAGCUGUGGGAGACGCUGCGCCUCGCGCGGCAGAACGACGAGGGCGUCGACGAGGUGCUCGUCGGCGGCGCGCUCGGACUCGCGCCCGGGCAGAAGAGCAUGGUCGUCGAGGAGGUGGUGCCGUGGCUCGGCCUCAUCAACCCGUCAGGCACCUCGCCCUUCCUCCUCUCGCUGUCGACCUUCCCCCCACUGUCGACGGCCGCGCAGCCGCUCGUGACGGGCGCCGCCAUCGGCGAGAAGGACGUCUCGGCGCUGCAGGACGAGGCGGGCGACGACGAGGACGCGCCGGCGGUCGACUUGAGCGAGCCGAGGAGGGGCGGGAGGGUGCUGCAGGAGCUCGAGGACGACGACGACGACGACGACGACGACGUCAAGCCGGUCGUGGCGGCGGCUGGAGCGGCGGUGCGAGGUGGUGAGAGAGGCGAGGUCGAGCUGCUGUUCGACCCGGACGACGACAUCGAGUCGGACUGAGGGCGACUCGAGGAGGAGGAGGAGGAGGAUGCGCGUGCAACUUUGGCCGUCGCCGCUCCUUUUCUUGGAGCGCUCGCCUGGC